AUGUUCGCUUUACGGCGUUUCCAACUGAAUAUCAAAUAUCAGAUAUUGAUAUUUGCCUGUCUAUUUAUCGAACCACAUAAGUUUUACAUUUUAUUUGAGGUAGGUGCAGGUUUCUUUCCGUCAACAGUUAGACAACAGGCGAAUCUAUCUAUCUAUCUAUCUAUCUAUCUAUCUAUCUAUCUAUCUAUCUAUCUAUCUAUCUAUCUAUCUAUCUAUCUAUCUAAGAUCCAGAAUCUACUUUUCAUAUUCAUGAUACAAGCCAACGUGGCAUCAUUAUGUGAACAUUGCUUCAUGCAAAUAGGAAAAUCAAUCUUUCUUCUAAUUCGAAUCUUUUUCGCUACGAUUCGCUCUCCUCUCUCUUCGAGGCUUAUCCUCUUUUUCCUUAUUACCAUUUUGCCUUUUCUUAUAUUUCCUGCAAGAUUCGCUCUUCUUUCCUACACUUUUCUUUCCUACAUUCCUUCCUCUCUUUCUUUCAUCCAUUCAUUCUUUCUUUCUUUCUUUCUUUCUUAUCUACCUUCCUUCUUUUAUUUUCCUUUUUCAGUUUCUUUAUAUCGUUCUUUCUUUUUCAAUUUUUUAUUUAUUUAUUUAUUCUUUCUUUCUUUCUUUCUUUCUUUCUUUCUUUCUUUCUUUCUUUCUUUCUUUCAUUCCUACCUUCUUUUCUUUAUUCUUUUCUACCUUCUUUUCUUCUUUCUUUUCUACAUUCUUUCCUUCUUUCUACCUUCUUUCCUUAUAUCUUACCUUCUUGAUUACAUUUUUUUUCUUUCUACCUUCUUUUCUUCAUUCAUUUCUAUAUUCUUUUCUUCUUUCUUUUCUACCUUCUUUCCUUCUCUCCUACAUUCUUUCUUUAUUUCUUACCUUCUUACCUACAUUUCUUUCUUUCUUUCUUUUUUUCUUUUACAUAUAGUCCUUUCUUUCCUACACCAUUAUUGUCUUUCCUUACUUUCUCUCUGCAGAGCAUCUACAGAAUCAUUGCAUAAUUUAUUCAUAUCUAUCUAUCUAUCUAUCUAUCUAUCUAUCUCAAUGAAUAUAUCUAUAUAUCUAUCUUUCUAUCUCAAUGAGUAUAUUAUCUAUCUAUCUAUCUAUCUAUCUAUCUAUCUAUCUAUCUAUCUAUCUAUCUAUCUAUCUAUAUGCGUAUAUCUAUCUAUCUAUCUAUCUAUCUAUCAUUUCAAAGGCAUUCUACUUAAUCUCGAUCAUGAUCUUUAUUAUCCAUUUUUUUUUAUCGUUCCCAUCAUAUCUUCUUCAGGUGGACGGUUGUCUGUUGAAGUAACCUUCAAAAUCGCUGUGAAUCGCUCCAGUCGUUUGACGUUCCAGUGGCAUAAAUCGCAAGAGUACAGAAGAGACGAGGGAGACUACUAUCGAGAAGACCAUGAUUUUGGUUCUUAUUGUGAGGCCGUUAUUGCUGAAGAGUGUUCCGUACGCAGUAUAAGCCGAUUUCAUCAUUUUGUCAAGGUCUCUUUCGCAGAUGACAUUAUUCGAGAUGAUAAUGCCAAGGGAAAUUCAUCGACGACUUCUUCUAUCGGCUGCCUAUCGAGAUUGAUGCUUACUUUAUCUAUAUUUAAUAUAACUAUUUAUCUAUAUAUAACCUUAUAUAUAUCUAAUAUAACUAUCUAUCUAUCUAUCUAUCUAUCUAUCUAUAUAUACGUUUAUUCAUAUCUAAUAUAA